CCUCUUUUUGCUUGUGUGUCGUCGGCUCUAGUGGAACACUUAGGCGUGGUGUUUGCCCUUUUGCGCCCCAAUUUGAAGACGCGAUCCUUUCGCUGUGGUAGUUCGAGAGGAAGUUUUGGAAUCCCAACAACCACGACGUCAUCCGUCCCCGCAAUGUCUGAGAAGCUGGAGGCGCCCGACGCCCAGCACCCCGCUGAAGUUGAAGCUGCGCGGCGAGGCAGCAUCGCGCAGACUGAGAAGGGCCGCUGGGAAAGACUCUGGCCCGUAAUUGCCUGCGGCGCCGGACUCUUCAGCGAUGGCUACCUCAACAAUAUUAUCGGCCCCGUGAACACGAUGCUCAAGACCAUCUAUCCGGACUCGUAUGUCAACUCCUCGGCGCAAGCGAACGUGUCCAGUAUCACAUUUGCCGGAACGGUGUUGGGCAUGCUGUUCUUCGGAUACACGUCCGAUCAUUUCUCGAGAAAGUGGUCGCUGCUCGUGUCGACCCUCAUUAUUAUUUUGUUCGCCGCGCUAGGAGCUGGGUCCUACGGGGCAGGCGGGAGUCCGACUGGCCUGCUCGCCGCAUUGGUCGCGUACCGCUUCUUCUUGGGGAUCGGCAUCGGUGGAGAAUAUCCAGCUGGAAGCGUAGGCUGCGCUGAAAGUACGGGCGAGCUCAAGGAAGGCAGCCGGAACAAGUGGUUCAUCCUGUUCACGAACGUGCAGAUUGACCUCGCCUUCUUGAUCUCGGCUAUCGUCGCAACGAUCGUGGUUGUUGCCACAGGCGAGAAUCACCUCCGAGCGGCAUGGCGUAUUUGCUUGGGUAUUGGUGUGAUCCCUCCCCUCUCGCUCCUCUACCUCCGAGUUAAGCUUGAGGAGCCCGAAGCUUACAAGCGCGAAUCAAUGGCGCACACGAAGACCCCGUGGCUCUUGGUCAUCAAGUAUUACUGGUUCCGCCUCAGCAUUGUUAGCAUAAUCUGGUUCAUUUACGACUUCUCAGCGUAUUCCUUCGGCAUCUAUGCGACCUCUAUCCUGGCCAAUCUGCUUGGAGAUGACGCGCCUCUGUGGAAGAGCUUGGCGUGGAACAUCCUCAUCAACUUCUUUUAUAUUCCUGGUUGCCUCGCGGGAGCCUUCGUUGCGGAUCUGAAGAGCAUGGGCCCGAAGAAGACGCUGUGCAUCGGAGUGAUCCUGCAGGGGAUCAUUGGGUUCAUCAUGGCGGGCUGCUACCCAUAUUUGAAUAAGCCUGAGAACGUUGCAGGCUUCGUAGUUGUGUACGGCGUCUUUUUGAUGCUGGGCGAGUUUGGGCCGGGUGAUAACAUCGGUCUCAUCGCCUCGAAGACCUGUGCCACUGGCAUUCGCGGACAAUACUACGGCAUCGCAGCAGCCAUGGGCAAGAUCGGAGCCUUCUCAGGAUCGUACGCGCUCGACGCUAUCCAGAAAGCUGCUGGUGACGACGAGAUCGCAGCGGGCCGCAAUCCGUUCUUCGUCGCGAGUGCGUUGGCUUUCCUUGCAGCGGCGUUGGUCCUGCUUCUGCCGUACAUCGGGCAGUCUACAAUUGACGAGGAGGAUAUCAAGUUCAGGGAGUACCUAGCCAGUCAUGGUUACGAUACAAGUAAACUGGGAUUGGGAAGUGUGAGCGCAAGCAGCAGCGAUGAGAACGUCGCGGUAGAGCCCAAAUAGGGCGCGAGAGUCUGGUAUACAAGAGCACUAUCCUUGUCGUGGGGGAACUGGAGGCGAAAAGACUGAGCACGCGUGCUACGUUCUGGAGAUGGACAUGCAAAGCAAGGGGAAAUACGUACCAUGAUACCAAUCCAUAUUACUUUCUUGAAGCCCUAGGCUGUAAGGCGAACCCA